GGUUGGUGUAUGUAACCCGUCUAUGCGUCUGUUACAGUUGAAAUGCCCACUAGAUGUUUUGGCGCCCCCUGUCGGCGGAAAGGCAAAUGCACUUUGUAAUUCGCAGCAGAAGUUACAUGGAAUUCGGCGUACUAACGCACUAAUCGGUGUGAACAUAAUACGGAUCGCGUUGAUCGGCAUAGACACAGGAGAUGGCGCGCUAAGUGUGGAAUACUCCGCAGUGCGCUAGUGCGCAGAUUCAGGACGGAGGGACGGACGGAGCCGGUGAGAGAUUUGCCAGACUGCCCCUUGCGUCACUGGUUUCAGACGCGCAAUCCAAGCGGCGGCCAUCUUAUUUCCACCAAAACUUCAGCACGAGAGAGAGAGAAAGAAAACACCCCACAGUGGCAACUCAUUACUCAGCCCGCGACAUGCUCGCGUCGAGAACAACGAUGGACCAUUAAACUUCAUCUCCAGGCAGCCCCCCUUCCGCUACAGCGCGAAAGAACAGGAAAUCCCAGAGUUCCCUGUGUUUAUCAGAGACAGCAGGGUUUGGCAGUGUGCUUGCCAUUUUGUGCAGAUCUCCAGGGAGUCCCUCGACUCCUCCCGGAGGAGACAUGAAUGCCCAGGGAGAAACUGGCGCAGGGGGGCUGUUGGUGCCCAGCCCUCAGAGCGAGGCGGUGACCCAUGAGAUGGAGGAGCUGUCCCUGCAGCCCAGCCAGAACCUGCCACCUCUUAACGAGCGCAAGAACGUACUUCAGUUGCGGCUGCAGCAGCGACGUACUCGGGAGCAGCUCGUUGACCAGGGCAUCAUGCCACCUCUCAAGAGCCCAGCGGCGUUCCAUGAACAGAUCCGCAGUCUGGAGAGAGCCAGGACAGAGAAUUUCCUAAAGCACAAGAUUCGGAGUCGUCCAGAAAGGGCUGAGCUGGUUCGCAUGCACAUCUUGCAAGAGACAGUGGCAGAGCCAUCACUGCAGGCUACGCAGCUAAAGCUGAAGAGAGCUCGACUGGCCGAUGAUCUCAAUGAGAAGAUUGCACAGCGGCCUGGCCCCAUGGAGCUGGUGGAGAAAAACAUCCUGCCAGUGGCAACUAGUGUCAAAGUAGCUAUCAUUGAUGGCCAAAUGCAUUAUCCCAAAACACAGGAGUUUGAUGAGGACAGUGGUGAUGCGUUCUCUCCAGAGCAGCCAGGGAGUCAGGAGUCACAUGGAUCUAUACCUUCCCCUGGAGAGUCAAAGGCCAUGGAGACCUCCUCACCACUACCAAAUAAUUUAAUACAGCACUGCUCUCCUAUCACACAAAUUACUGGAGAUUUUCUCAAGCCUUAUUCCACCAGUGAGCAGAUAUUCAGCCCUCCAGCGCCACAGCCUCAACCAAUCACUUCACCUCCCACAAAAUCUGGGCAUUCUCUAAUCAAGCAAAGUCAGCCUAAGACUGCUGGGGACAAGAGUCGUAGUAAGAAAAACAAAGAUUCCAAACCACGAGUGAAAAAGCUAAAGUACCAUCAGUACAUUCCCCCAGAUCAGAAACAAGAGCCCAGUGAAGCCCCAAUGGAUUCCGCUUAUGCCCGCUUACUGCAGCAGCAGCAGCUCUUCUUGCAGCUGCAGAUCCUCAGUCAGCAACAACAGCAGCACUACAACUACCAGACCAUUCUACCAGCUCCCCUGAAACCUGUGAUUGAGGGGCAGAACAGCAGUGCUACUGUUGCCAUUAACAGUGCCCAAAGUCUUCCUGCAUCCAUUGUGGUGUCCCUGCCUCCAGCUGCACCAGUGCGCCCAAAUAACACCCUGUCAAACCGCAAAGCUGGAACGCUGCCAGCCAACCUGGAAGAGAUGAAGGUGGCUGAACUAAAAAUGGAAUUAAAGCUACGUGGGCUACCUGUAUCUGGAACCAAAACAGACCUGAUUGAGCGGUUAAAGCCUUACCAGGAGUCCUCUGCAUCCUUUCCCAACACUAAUCCUAACGCACAGAUCAGCAGCACAUCCAUGGAGGUGUCCAGCACCACCACAUGCCUGUCACCUGCACAGCAGCCUCAUGAGAUCCAGAGCUCUACGCCUCCAGUAUCCCCUAUAUGCUCAGAAGUGCACAAUAAAGAGGAUGCUAUAGAGGGUCAUCUGGAGACCCACUGCCAAAGCAGCAGCAUUAGUGGCCAACCAGCAGCCGUUCCUAAGGAGCAGGACAGGAGGCUGCAUGAGAAGGAGCGUCAGAUUAAGGAGCUGCUAAGGAAGCUAGAACAGGAACAGAAGCUGGUAGAAGAACUAAAGAUGCAGCUAGAGGUGGAGAAGAGGAGCACUCAGAACCCUGUUUCCCUAGAAAGUAACAGCAGCAUUAAUCAGGCUGCUUCACUGGUCCAAAUAAAGACUGAGAGCCCAGUUAUGCAAAAUUGCACACUGGCACCAAAUACCACUCCAUCUGUAGUAAAACUAGAGAAAAGUCAUGCUGCUUCACUGACAGCCACCCCUUUACCACAGUUCUUCAUCAGUCACCAGGGUGUGUCACAGGUCUUAGGGCAGCCACAGACCCUGCUCGCCACGCAUACGGGUACCCAGAUCCUGCUGCCAGUCUCUCUACCAAACACCACCACUACAAUCCAGCUUACUAAUACUAAUGUCAAACUACAGCCAGUCCUCCAAGCAGCUGUCUCUCCUCAAGCCCAUGGAAUGAUCCCGACCACUCAGCUGCAUUCUGUCAAAGCAGAGAGCUCCUCACCACAGUCUGUCAAUCACAACAAUGUAGUGCAGGCCCUGCCUAUGUGCAGCCCUGGUGGGUCUGCUUUUCAGUUUGGUGCGGAGAAGCAGACAGGUCUGGAAAUCUCUCGCUGUUUCCUGAGCAGCUCCCCAGAGAAUACACUGUCUGCUCAGACUUCCCCAGUUGUGUCCUCCCUCAACAAUGGUCCCAUCAAUAAGUCCCCCUCCCAGGUCUCGCCUGCCUUCAUCCUGCCAUCUCCAGCAUUCAGUCAUGCCCCCAAGAGCCGAGAGCCACCUCCCUACGAGGAUGCUGUUAAACAGACGCGCAGGCUGCAAGCAGCUGCCAUCACACAGCUCGCAACAGCAACCAGUCAGCAGAUGGAUGAUCUAUUUGAUAUUCUCAUUGAAAGUGGAGAGAUCACCCCCUUCAGUCAGCAGGAGCCUUCUGUGCCUAAACUGAUGCCGGUUAUCGCCAACAUCACCACUUUACCUGUCAACACUGCCCUGUCUCGGCCCCCUGCUCAGGUGCAGAUGGCACCGCCGACGGCACUCCUGGUGGAGCCCAUGCCCAGCCUGGCAUCUCUGGCUUCAGACAACCAGCUGGAGGCACUGCUGGAGGGCACACUGGGGGGCGAGAAUGAGUCAGAGCAAAGGACUCUAGGAAUUCUAGCAGAGCUAAACAGCCACCUGCUGGCGCAACCCCACUCUCCUAUGGACACUUCUGAGUUGAGCUUCAGCGAGUCGCCUUUGCCCUUGUCCUCCUCCUCAACCUUCAGCCUGCAGGACACAGGCAUGGACAGCAUGGAGUGGCUGGACCUGACCAUGCCAAGGCCCAUCGGGGCCCUCGACCCACUGGGGAUCGGCUCCGAUUUCCUCGACACGCAUGACCUGCAGCUGCACUGGGACUGAAAGCACUGAACACACUCAUUCUCUCUUUUAAGCGUACACACAUUUAAACACACACUUCUGUAUUCGGGCUUUUGUGCGCAAAAGCACAGCACACAGCAGUUACAUUACAGGGUUAUGUGCUGGAUUAGGUCUUUCUUUUGAACAAAAUUGAAGAUUCACUCAGUAGAAGAUGCAAGAGGUUCUCUCAGCUCUUGUGCUGUAGUAUACUUCAGUAUCUGUCAUUCAUCAUUCAGACUUAUAACCUUACAUGGCGCUACAGGAACAAAUGGCCUUCCAUGAGCUACUACUAGUGCAGGCAACAUUCUCUUUUCUGUGCCAUCUUAAGAGGUUGCACAUCUUUUAAAGCAUGAUCAUAUAUGCUAUUCUCUCCAGUCUUGUGCCAUUAACUCAGUUGUUUUUGGCACAAUCUAGAAAUGCCUUUGUGAUAAUUUUUGCCAAUGCGAAUUACGAUCGAGGAAAUGGAUCCUAUUCCAGACAUUUUGACUCCACAUUAGAUACAUAACAUUAGUCAGAUCAGUUAACUGACACCAUUAUUCUUUUGGACUUCAAGAAGAAAAAUGGAUUAGUUCCCAUUGGUUUUCUAGUCACCCACUUUACUUAAACCAGGUAAAUCAGUGGCUAGAUUUGUGAAUCUGCCAUGCUCAGUCUGACCGCAGUUCCUCACAAAACCGUUCUGUAGUGUCCAGCCAUUCUCGUGUACACGUUCUUUUUCUUUUUCUGUGUACGCACAGGAGGGUGUGCAUGUGUGUGUGUGAAAGUGACACUUGACAUCAAUAAAAACAUAUUAGAAAUGUCACUUGGUGGGCUAUGCCACUACUGUCACCGCUGUAAAGCUUUGUACCAUAUAGUACAGAUACAUUAAGGCGUAGUGUUCUUUUAAUGAGUAUGCGCGUGACGGAUACUAGUCCUGAGGGAGUCCCGGCCCUUCAGAGGUUUAUAUUUCCUGUCUUCAGACCAAAUUCAGCUCACAAAGGCUCUGAUUAGCUGAAGAGUUGAAUCAGUUGAAUGUGUUAAACGUGGAAGAUGCUGAAGUCUCAGCUCUAGGACAGAAGGGUGUCUGCCCUGCUAUAGGAAAUGACCGCUAACACUAAGAGCAGUGGGCAAUCAUGAAGCCUAAAACUCUAACUUAUAUACACAUCUUAUUUACACAGGAUUCCAUACAUGUAGACCCUUUUACAACCCGGUGCCUUUGCCUUUGUUUUUUUUCCCCUGAUGUACCUGGGCUAGGAUAAGUGUUUCGGCUAUGUUAAGCUUCACACAGUUAAGGCUUUAUAAAUCCGGGUGAUCACAUCUGUUUUUAUUUUUAAGCAAUUAGUGCUUGAAAUCUUCAUUCUUUAUAUUCUGCUGCCAAUAGGACACUGCAUUAUUGGUGUCCUAGUGGCAGUUUAGUGGGCGAGAAAAAAUUGAAUACAUUGUGGCUUGUUGAUUUCCUCUGCAGUAAUGUUUUCACACACCCAUUCCUUCACAACCUCACCGAUGACCAUUUUUAGAUCCUGUAAGGCCCUCCUUUUUUUUGUCUGCACUUUGUGAUGACGUCUCUCCGUCCUGUUGUCUGUGCCACGUUAUUGUCUAUGGGCGGUGCGAGUGUGCACGUGUGUGUGUGUGUGCAUUAACGUGUUUGUGUUUCACUGUUUGUUAAUGUAUUACUGUGCCGCCAUUUUAAUACUGCCCUGCGCACAGUCAAAUGAGCAAAAAACAACAAAAAAAACCAGACAUUACAGCCUAAGUGAAAAUAUGUAUGUAAUUUUAAAGAAAAGAAGAAAUACCUCGGCAGCAUGCAAUUACAAGUGAUUCUGUGAUCUGUGUUGAUUUUAAUCGACAAAAAAAAAAAUGAUUUCGGUUGCAAAUGGCACUUGCUUUUCCAGCAGUUAGCCGGGUUAAUCUCUGAGACCAAACUCUAUUUAUUGAGUUGUGCUUGUCUAGAGUGGCCUCGCUUGUACAGGAAAUGUUAGCUUAUUGUUUGGUGUUUUCAGCAGCUCUAAAAGAAAUGUUGCCUUUAGUUGUUUUUAAUUUUUUUUUUAUUUUAAACAUCGUGUCUGGAUCAAUGACUCACCGUUAACCUCAGUUUCGAUGCAAUAGCCGACUGCUGGCUCAGCAAUGCGUCUGAAGCUAGGAACAGUACGUUUGAUCCACGUUUGCUUUAAAUAUGUCGGUUUGUGGAAUUAUUUUAAAUGCAGGCUGUAUGGCACUUUUUACCUGCGGUGAUGAAUGUUUCAUCCUGAUCAAUCAUUUUGUAUCCGAGCACCUUCACGGAAACUUUUCUUUUCUUUUUUGCUGUAAGCGUACAUGCGUUUGAUCAAAGUGGCAUGUGCCUAAGGCUCCUGUAUCGUGGCUUUGUACUGUUCACCACCACACUUUGACCAAGUCGUGGCUUCUUCAGUAAACAAAUGAUGCCAAACAUGAGUCUCAUGGUAAAGGCUGUAAUUUCAGGCUGUACAUCUAGAAAUUGUGUUUAGUAUGUACAGUGUAAUAAGUUUCAUUGGCACAUUGCUAUUUUACUGUCGAUGGCCUGAUUUUCAGUUCACUGAUGCCUGAUUUAAAGAUCAGACUGAGAGGAGACUGACACUGAAGCAUAAAUUUAGAAAAAUAACUACCAAAGAGGCCAUAUAAAUAAUGCAUAAUGCCAUUUAAGUGGUUUAUAAAUAGUUUGGGGAAUGUUUUUAUUAGGACGAUUCUAAAGGCAUUUGUUUUAAGUGUGCCAGUAGAAAACUUGAAGAGGCUCGCGUUCCAAUCAAUUCAACUUAACAUAAGGAGAACAAAAGCAAUAACUUUAUCAUGUUUAAUUUGAUAUUACAGUACUGUAAUGUAUGCAGUAGGAGGUAAAUCUCAGCAGAUUUCCUUGGUCUUACUAAGUUACUGUUUGCAUUAAAGUAUAGUGUGUUUUGAAGCUACUAAAUCUCAGCAUGGAUUAUAACAAUUAGCCUGCAUGACUCCGUGCAGAGCGCAUGAACUAGGCAGCUGGCCGAUCAACACUUGCUUUUUGUUUUUUACACGUUUUAAGCAGACAAGUGCAAAACUCCUUUUCUUUUGCUAAAUCCAGUGGUCUUGUGGAGCCAAACUAUUAUUCACUGCUUUAUUUUUUUUAUUUUUUCACAGUUGUAUGUCGUUUUAUUUGAGCAUUCGGCUGGUCCCAUUUUCUACUGCUGGACUUUAUUUUCAAAUGUAAUACUUUUAAUCGACAUUGUUGAUGUGUAAAGUAUCAGUGGUGACUACACUGGGUUGAUAAACCUGAUGAUUACCACGUCUCUACAUCCUCCAAACGGAGGAGCACUCAUCAUUUGUAUGCCAUACGUUUUGCACAUUGUGUACAUAUUUCAAUGGAUGUAAUACAUAUUUUUAUACGUGUUUAGCGCAUCACAUUUUGUGAAUAGUUUAAAAAAAAAAAAAAGAUACGAGUAUACAUACGCUGUUAUGUGUCAAUUCACUUUGCUGUAUUGUGAACAUACUGUUGUAGAGAAUGUUUCCAAAUCUUAAAUAUACCAGAGGAAUGAAGUACAAAAA